AUGUUGAGCAGCAAAGACCAUGUUCUCAUGAAUUGGCCUAUCGUCGGCAUGCUACCAUCCCUUCUUCUCAACGUCCACCGUUUGCAUGACUGGUUAACCGGAGUCAUGGCAGAAAGUAGGCUCACGUGGGUAUUCUACGGCCCAUGGUUCACUCAAAUGGAGAUUGUAGUAACAUGCGAUCCAGCUAAUGUGAAUCAUGUCAUGCGCACCAACUUCUCCAAUUUCCCAAAGGGAUCUGAUUUCAAGGAGAUGUUCGAUAUACUUGGGGACGGGAUCCUCAAUUCAGAAUCAGAGUCGUGGAGACUUCAACGUAAAAUGGCUCAGACCCAUCUCAAAUGUACACGAUUCCGUCAAUUCUUGGCCAAGACUAGCAAAGAGAAGGUGAAGACGGCGCUUAUCCCAGUCCUUAAGUACAUCGCACAACAAGGAAAAUACAUAGACUUGCAAGACGUCUUCCAAAGGUUCAUGUUCGAUAGCACCUGCAUCGUAGUCAUUGGUGCCGAUCUCAACUGUCUAUCUGCCACCUUCCCCGAACUUCCUCCUAUUGUCAAGGCCAUGGAUGAUGUGGGAGAGGUGUUGUUAUUCCGUCACUUGGUGCCUUACAGUUGGUGGAGGUUGUUAAGGUGGCUAAAGAUAGGGAAGGAGAAGAAGAUGUGUGAAGCUUGGAAAACCAUUGAUAAUUUCAUAUACCAAAGAAUUUCAAUGAGAAGGCAACAAAUGAAAGAAACCAAUGAUUUGGAGAAAUCUUGGGAUCUUUUAACAUCUUACAUGGAUGAGAUCAAAGGAGGAUCAGAAUCUGAUAGAUUCCUCAGAGAUACAGUGUUGAAUUUCUUGACUGCAGGUAAAGACACCACAAGCGCCAGCAUUACAUGGUUCUUCUUGAUGAUUUCUAAGAAUCCAAGAGCCGAAAUCAAGAUCUUGGAAGAACUUAGGGCAAUCUCAGCCAAAAAAGAACAAGUGCGGCAAGAGAAAUUACCAACGGUGUUCGAACCUGAGGAGCUUAACAAGCUGGUUUAUCUACAUGCAGCCUUCUGUGAAACACUGCGGCUAUUCCCAUCUGUUCCAUUCGAGCACAAAGGAGUUAUUCAGACGGACGUUCUUCCCAGCGGUAAAACAGUCCGGCCAAACACAAUGAUUAUAUUCCCCUUGUAUUCGAUGGGGAGGAUGGAAGCAAUAUGGGGGAAAGAUUGCUUAGAAUUCAAGCCAGAGCGAUGGAUCACUGAACAAGGUAGUCUGAAAUUCGAGCCGUCCUACAAGUUCACAGCAUUCAAUACUGGGCCGAGGGAUUGCUUAGGUAGGGAGGUGGCUUUUACUCAAAUGAAGGCUAUCGCAGCAGCCUUGCUUUACAAUUUUCAGAUUGAGGUGAUGGACGAACACCCUGUGUCUCCGAAACUCUCGGUAAUUCUCCACAUGAAGGAUGGUUUGAUGGUCCGACUCACUGAAAGAUGUUCUUAA